ACCGCUGGGCUGUAAAUGGUGAAGUCUUCACCCUCGAAGCAUAACAGAGGGCGGAAUAAGGAGCUCCCGGUACAAACUAAUAGGCACCAAAGGAGGAUACUGGAGUGGGCGCCCGGUCUGGAAAACAAAUAAAUACCAGUAAUUGCCCCGCCCACUGCACACUUUUGGCUGUGGAACCUGCAGAGCCUGUCUGAGCCUGCCAGCAACAGCAGGUUUACUGGAGACAGACCUGUACUGUGUAAUGGCUCUGUUGACCCUGCACAGGAUCCCAUCCCUGGCCACUGCUCAAGAUGAAAGCCUCCAAAGAAGAGGGAGACUUCAGAAAAGGGAGAGCUUUGCCCUUGUGAAGGGGGCGGUCCUUCUGCUGGAAGACGGCGAGGGGCUGGACCUUCAUGAUGAGACUUCUCCCACUGCGACUUCUCCCGUGAAACAGGGCAGUGGAGCGUCAGAUACACGGCACAGGCACCUCCAUGCCAUGAUUGAACAGCUCAGACCAGAAGAUACCAUCAAGCUGGCGGUGCAGCUGGAGUCCGUCAGCCCCGUCAGAGUCAGGUAUCUGAUCGUGGUUUCCACCGUUGGCAGCAAACAGGAGAGCAUCCUGCUGGGCAUGGAUUUCCCCAACUCAGACAGUAAUCAGUGCACCAUCGGCCUGGUUCUGCCGGUAUGGAGUGACACGCAAGUGUAUCUCGAUGGAGAUGGUGGUUUUAGCGUGACCUCUGCCGAAGAGACCAGAAUUUUUAAGCCUGUUUCCAUGCAGACCAUGUGGUCAGUGCUGCAAGUGUUGCACGGCUGCUGCGAGCGGGCGGUGAAGGCAGCGGUGAUCCCAGGCUGUGGCCUGGAGUGGGCCCAGCACUACAACAAGCACAUCGAGUCAGAUCGCUUCUGCCUCAAUGAGUGGGAGGCCAUGAACGACCUGGAGUCAGUCCGCAAGGACAUUAACGGACAGAGCUCGGCAGACAGAGUCUCCAACGAGAGUCUGAUCAAAGAGCACCUGAGAGACAUUAUGAGGACCGAAGACCUGGACAACCUCACAUCUAAAAUGGUGCACUCUGCCCUGGAGACGAGGAUAGGCUUCGAUAUGAGACCUUACAAGGAGUACAUUGACAAUGAGAUCCUGGUCACCAUGGCUCAGAUGGACAAACCCUCUAAAAUAUUUGACUAUCUUUAUCUGGGCUCUGAGUGGAACGCAGCGAACUUUGAGGAGCUGCAGAAAAACAAUAUCGGCUACAUUCUGAAUGUGACGAGAGAGAUUGACAACUUUUUCCCAGAGUCCUUCACUUACAUGAACAUCAGAGUGUACGAUGUCGAAGCAACCGACCUGCUCCCCCACUGGACAGACACAUACACCUUCAUCGACCAAGCAAGGAAGAGUGGACAGGCGGUGUUGGUGCACUGCAAGAUGGGCGUUUCUCGCUCUGCAUCCACAGUGAUUGCCUACGCCAUGAAGCAGCAGCGCUGGCCGCUGGAUGUGGCGUUAGCGUAUGUCAGGGAUCGCCGGUCCAUCAUUAAGCCCAACGAGGGCUUCAUGAAGCAGCUCCACACCUACAACGGCAUCCUCAACGCAAGCCAGCAGCGUCACAGCACACUCUGGAGGCGAAAGUCGAGAGACCAAAGACAGAAGUCAGUACGCAAGGAGGAGAGAAGAGAGGAGGGAAAGCCAGAAGAGGAUGAGGAUGAGGAGGAGGAUGAGGAGGAGGAUGAGGAUGAGGAUGAGGAUGAGGAUGAGGGACUUGAUGAAGAGGAGGACGUAGAGAGUCCAGAUGAAAAAGAUUCCGGCAGCCCGGAUGAAAAAGAUGAAUCCGAGGAAGACACAGAGGUAUUUGAAGAACCCACCCCCACAUCUGACACCAACCAGGAACCUGGGCAGACAGGACCACCAAGUGUCAAUCCCGUAAUCACUGUAAAUGAACCAGAAAAGGUUGCUCCAAGUGUUAAUCGCAGCGGCAGGAUGAACCUCUUCUCCCUCAUGCAGUCCAUUAGCGAACUGGAUGACGAGGAUAAGGGAUGUGAACAGCUUCCUGGCAGUCCGAGGCAUUCUCCAGGACAGAGGAAGCGAAGCCACAUGCGCCGAGGUCUGACUCACCAGAGAGCAUGUGUGGAUGUUUCACCUGAACCACGCAACCUGCUGGAUGCAGGUCAAAGUAAACCCUAAAGUAACGAAAGACAUGGGAGAGCAGGAAGGGAGAGGGUCCUAUAAAGGAGGCAGAGAGGAGGAAAAGCAUUGUGGGGGAAAAGUCUGGACUAUGAAAGUUGAAAUUUUUUCUGGUAACAUGCCAUGGUUUUUAUACUCUGCUGUGCUCUGGCUCAGUUGCAUAUUUUAGAUUAUUUUGGUGUUGAAAGUUUUAAUUUAUGUUUUGAAGGUCAUUUUCAUUGUACUUUCUUUGCAUUUCUCUGUUCAUAAUUAUUAUAACUGGUAACUAAUUAUAAAAGGAUCCUGCUGCAGCAUUGCUAUACCAGUAAAGGCCAGGAUUCUGAUUGAUACAUUGUUGUAUUAUGAUGGUUUAUACAGUGUUUUUAGAACAUAUCCUACCACAUAGACAUAGAAGUCUCUCCCUCCAUGUAGCGUCCUCUUUCUCAAGCUCCCUUUUUACCAUUUCCCUUCUUAAACUCUCACUCUAGAGAUUAUAUGCUAUGCAAUUACUGUUCUCUGUAAAUAUGAGGCUGUAUGCUGCCAAUCCAAGGUAAACAGU